AUGCAGUAUAAGAAUGAUGGGUUUUACUCAUCGAUGGAUUUGGAUGAUGAUGGUCGAUUAAAAAAUGUCUUAUGGGCCGAUGCACGCAGCAGAGCAGCGUAUGAGUAUUUUGGGGAUGUUGUGACAUUUGAUACAACAUACCUAACAAAUAGAUAUGGUAUGCCAUUUGCCCCGUUUGUUGGUGUUAACCACCAUGGUCAGUCAAUACUUUUGGGAGCGAGUUUGAUAUCAAGUGAAAAUACUGAAACAUUUGUUUGGUUAUUUGACACUUGGUUGAAAUGCAUGGAUGGGAGGGCGCCAAAAGCUAUCAUUACUGAUCAAGACCGGGCCAUGAAAAAUGCUAUAGUAAUAGUCUUUCCAAAUACUCGAGAUAGAUAUUGUUUGUGGCACAUAAUGAGAAAAUUACAAGAGAAGUUGGGUUCAUAUGCUGAAUUUAAGUCUGGUUUAAAAAGUGGAUUGCAGAGAUGUGUUUAUGAUUCUCAGACUUCUGAAGAGUUUGAGACGUCUUGGGAGGUAUUUACUGAUACCUACAAUUUGAAGGAAAAUGCAUGGCUUCAAAGUCUCUAUAAUGAGCGAAUGUAUUGGGUUCCUGUAUACCUGAAAAAUACAUUUUGGGCCGAGAUGAGCACAACUCAGAGGAGUGAGAGCAUGAAUGCCUUCUUUGAUGGAUAUGUACAUUCAGGGACUACAUUGAAAGAAUUCGUCGAUCAAUUCGACAAUGCACUGAGGAAGAAAGUAGAAAAUGAGAUGGCAGCGAAUUUUCACUCAUUCAAUGCCACAGUACCUUGUAUAUCUCAUUUACCCUUGGAGAAAAAAUUUCAGGCAGUGUACACGAAUUCAAAAUUUAAGGAAGUGUAG